CCCAGCCAGCAGCGCACUCUCCGCGCGUGCAUGGUCUGCUCUCUUGUCCAGCUACACAGCGUAAGCUAAGCCUCGAUCAAUCAUUCAGCAUCCCUUCAAAAACGGCACCAACUAAUACAUUCUCUAUCUUGUUCAGAAAUUCAUGCGCGAAGGUUGCCCAAACUGUGAUAACGUACUCGGUCUUCGCGGAAACAAUGACAACAUCCAAGAAUGCACCUCGCAGGUCUUCGAGGGCCUAAUUACCGUCAACGAACCGAUGACGAGCUGGGUGGCUCGCUGGCAACGACUAGAUAGCUACGUCGCCGGAACAUACGCGGUCAAAGUGACGGGGUCGCUGCCAAAUGAGGUUAUUGGGCAUUUGGAGGAUGCUGGGAUAAAGUAUAUUCCUAGGGAUGGGAGUCAGGUCGAGGAGGAGGGGUGAGCUGGAUGGAUUCGAUCGAAUUCGACUGCGGCUGGGAUGGAUUGGUCGUUUGCUGCGUUAUGUGGGAAAGCGAGGCAUACACGGUAACGGCUUAGAUUCCCUUUUUUUUUUUU